AUGUACGCUUCCCUCGUGGCCGCUCAAAUUGGGCUCGAUGAGGCGAAGUUGGUCAAGGACGCUUGCCUCUCUUCUGAGGAUGACCAGCGCGAGUAUUUGGAGCAUGUGAAAAGGCUAGACGAAGAGCUCCACGGCUGGCAUCUGAUGCGGAAGGUAGUGCCUGGUGAUGGGGACUGCCAGUUCCACGCCAUCAUUGCAGCGCUCCGCGAGGUUGGGCUCGAUGAAGGGAACGUGAUGGACGUUCGAGUCAAAAUUUAUCACCAACUUCAGCAUGAUGCGUGGAAGUACCAGGAUUUUGUGGCCACGGACGAUUACCCCGCAUGGUGCAGCACCAUGCUUCACCGUGGCAAUUGGGGCGAUGACGCUUUCGUCGAUGCCACUGGCUAUGCAAUCAAGAUCUAUUCAUUGCACCCUGAUGCCGGGGCUGGUGAUCUCAAGCUGCGCAUCACGUGGAAAAUGCCUUACUGGCUCGAUGAUUUGGACACGCCAGAGAUCGUGUUGACGAUCUGCCACAUGAUGGAGCACCACUUUGACACCGUGGUUCCCCAAAAGAAGGGCAAGAGAGCCGCGGCUCCGGAGCAGAAGCCCGAGAAGCGGAAGGCAGGCUACGACCUGCGCGACCGCAAGCCUUCGAAAGCAGGGAUCGAAACGCACAAAUACGCGAUCUCUGAAGACAAAGUGGACCCUGAUGUGAGGGAGUACUUUUUCACCACGGUGCAGAGCUCGAAGGCUAAGGGAUCCCCGAGAAACAGGGUCUGCGGGGAAGCGACUGCCAAGAUUCAUUGGUAUUCCCUGCGCCAGCUUCUUGGAUGGGUCGACAAACACAACGUGUCUCCCGAGAAAAAGUCCAUCACAGAAUUGCUGGUGGACCAUGAUGUCCUCAAGGCCUACUACGUUCAUCUCGAGGACGACACAUGCAGAGGCACCAAAUGGACUCCCGGCGCCAUUGGCCUCAUCACCAGAUCAUUGGUUGUGGCGUUGCAGGUCCUGGGCCCGAAGUACUUGGAGGGGUCCAAGAAAGUCAAGAAGCGCCAGAUCCAGCGGACGAUCGAUUUGAUCCGCAGUCUUGGCAAGACUUCCGCAGAAAAGCGGGCCAUCGAAGGCUGCGGCCUUCCGGCUGGGAAACCUUUGGGCGACCCGCCGCUGACUGCCGAGGAGCUAGUCGACAACGCGAUCAAAUGGAGCCAGCGCUGCCGGAAUCAGGCCCUUCGUAACGAAGCCUUGCCAGAGGGCACUCCGGAGUCGGAAGCGGAGUACAUGCAA